GAACCGACUCCGAUUAAUCGUCUCCUACAAACACGCGGCGAUCCGUCGCAAAACCCACCCCAACCUCGAAGAUCGGCAGAGGAGAGAUCCAUCCAACAAUUACGAUGUCCACGUCCACUAAUAAGAACAGGAAGAUGGUCCGCCUCCACUCGUCGGACGGCGAGGAGUUCGAGGUGGCGGAGGAGGCCAUUGGCGGCGCGUCGGCGACGAUCAAGGGCAUGCUGGAGGAGGAGGAGGAGUCGAUGGUGGCCACCAACAAGGUGAUCCCGCUGCCCGUCACCGGCCCCAUCCUGGCGCGCGUGCUCGAGUACGUCAACCGGCACUCGGACGAAGAAGACGGCGCCCUGUACCGCUACGGCCCCACCGCCGACGACCCCCUGAGGCGCUUCGAUGACCAGUUUGUGCAGGUGGACCAGGACACUCUCUUCGACCUCAUCGCGGCGGCCAACUAUCUGGAGAUGCAGGGGCUCCUGGACCUCACGUGCCGGACGGUGGCGGACCAGAUGCGGGGCAAGACCACCGACGAGAUCCGCACGCACUUCUACAUCCGCAACGACUACACCGCCGAUGAGUUGGAGGAGGUCCGUAGGGAGAACACGUGGUGCUGGGAGUAGCUGCAAUCUUGAUCACUACUACGCACGUUAGGUAGGCUAGGAGACAUAUCAAUCCAUCAAUACAUCCACGCUUGCUUGAGACUAAAUAUGUUUUGGCUUGUGUUAAUUUGAUAUAUAUGUUGAUGCAAGCCGAUUAACAACUAAUCUUGA